AUGUCGUGUUGGCGCGUGCUGGAGCUCUCCGAGCAGCCUGACGGCAAGCAGAUUCCCCAGCUACUCAUCAAACCCGCCUUCGACCUGGACUCGUACACAGUCCAUCUUACCGAUCUCAGCAACAUCUGGAGCGAAGAACUCAGCGUAGAUGACAUCGUCAAGCGGGCUGCAUUGGAGCAAUCGCCAAUCGAAGUCAGCAAACACGACGCGGCGCAGGUUGCCAUCCUUCUCGAAAAUGUCAAGAAACCCCUACUGAGUGCGGAGGGUUCCAUUUGCCUUCCGGAGCCUCUUGGCCGCCUGACAUGGAAAUUUCAUUUGGAAAAGCGAACAUCUGCAGACCUCAAGAACGAGCUCAUCCUCCCGCUCCUGGUCUCUUCCCACAUCCAGAAUGAACGCAUUACUGGGCUCAUCUUGACAAUCGCUGCCAAAGACAAGGCAAUGACUCGGCUUGUGGAUCAGUUCGACUCCCACGGCUUGGACCUGGCUGCGGCCUUCCCCAGCGCCGGUGGAAUCAAGGCGGGACGAAGGAAAGUCAAACGCGAACAAGCGGAAAAGCACGUUCCCGCUUUACGGUUCUUCCACGAGGAAGCAUGGCGGCAUGAUACCGAGCAAUUGAAAGACACAAACCUGACUACGCUAGGCUUAUUCCAGGAAGCACUAGCACAGAGCACUCCGACAGUACCUUCGGAGUUGAAGUCGGGUCAUUUUGAGACUACAUGGUGGACUGCUGUACCUACUCAGUUAAGCAUGCCGAAAGCCCCAGUCAAAACCAAGGCCAAAACGCCUCCUGUGGCAUCAAAGCCAGCAAAAGCAGCUAUGGACUCUGGUGAUGAGACAGAAGAAGAGUUUGAGACUCAUGUGAACUUCAAGACACGCGAACUCGGCAAAAGGCCAACACAGACUCCGGCGCCAUUACCGUCGUCGCCCCUCGACAAGGCUAGUGAGACGGAAGACGACAGUACUGAGGACGAUGAGGAUCUGGAUGCGCCUCCCAAGAGUCAGAGCCAGAGUCUAAGUCGGACCCCACAGAAGCCAACUCGUAGAAGGACGCCCACACCAGAACCUCGAUCUGCACCAAAGGCUCCUACACUCCCGGUACAAAAGCCCAAAGCAAGCAGCUUUCGAAUAGGCGGGAAGUCAAAAAGAUCGACCGAGUCUCCUCCGCCAUCGCCGAAGCCCGCAGAUGUGGAGCCAGAACCAGAGGUCCUACCGACCAGGGAAUCCGUACCUCCUUCUCAGCCCAGCCAAGCGACAACGCCAAAGAAGAUCCGAAAGCCGUUUAGAAUUGGUGGCAAGGGCAAGAAAGCCGAGGAUGGUGCUUCACAACGCGACACGACAGCUUCACCAAGCACCCAGCGCUUCAGAGCAACGCAAUCGCCGACUGCAGACCCUCCAUCGUCUCCGCCGAGAAUGAAGGAGAUGACGCCCGUCGAGGAGGUUCACGAAGAGACACCUGAGGAGAAGGCGGAGCGGAAGCGCGCUGAGUUGAAGCGGAAGAACGAGGAGGCAGCGAAGAAGCAGGCUCAUGCAAAGAAAAAGAAGAGGUUCUAA